UGCGCGUGCCAAAAUUUCUCUACACCAAUUGGAAUCUCAGUUUGGGGCAGUAAUCUCACCACCACGCCAAUAUCACCAUGAGUGCCACCAUCAAGUUGGAGAAGACUGACAGGCGUGACACGCUUGUGGCCCUCGAGAAAAAGUACCAGCAGUACUGGGCCGAAAACAAGUUCUUUGAUGUCGAUGCGCCCUCUUUGGAAGAGGACCCCGAGGAAGACGGCGAAAAAUUGCGGGAGAGUCACCCCAAGCAUUUCGCCACCAUGGCGUACCCCUACAUGAACGGAGUGUUGCAUGCGGGCCACUCGUUCACGUUGUCCAAGGUGGAGUUUGCCACUGGUUUCGAGAGAAUGAACGGGAAAAGAGCGCUUUUCCCCUUGGGUUUCCACUGUACCGGUAUGCCCAUCAAGUCGUCCGCAGACAAGAUCAAGCGUGAGAUCGAGCAGUUUGGCGCCGACUUCUCGGGCGUGCCUGCGGAGGACGACGAGGAAAUCGAGGCCCCCAAAGAGCAGGCCAAGAAGGAGGACAUCACCAAGUUCACCGCCAAAAAGUCCAAGGCCGCCGCCAAGCAGGGCCGGGGCAAGUAUCAAUUCGAGAUCAUGAUGCAGUUGGGCCUCAGCAAGGAAGAGGUGGCCGCGUUCGCAGACCCACAGCACUGGCUCGACUACUUCCCUCCUUUGGUGCAGAAAGAUGUGACUGCCUUUGGCGGCCGGGUUGACUGGAGAAGAUCCAUGGUAACGACGCCUGCCAACGCGUACUACGACGCGUUUGUGCGCUGGCAAAUCAACCGCUUGAAGGACGUGGGCAAGAUCAAGUUUGGUGAGCGGUACACGAUCUACUCGGAGAAGGAUGGCCAGGCCUGCUUGGAUCACGACAGGCAAUCAGGCGAGGGUGUCAACCCGCAGGAGUACGUGGGCAUCAAGAUCGAGGUCACGGAAUUUGCCCCUGAGGCGCAGCAGGUGUUUGCCGAGCACAACUUCGACCUCGGCAAAAACAAGGUGUACUUGGUGGCCGCCACCUUGCGGCCGGAGACCAUGUACGGCCAGUCGUGCUGCUUUGUGUCGCCCAAAAUCAACUACGGUGUCUUCAAGGCGGCCGAGGGCACGUACUACAUCACCACGGAGCGUGCGUUCAAGAACAUGUGCUACCAGAAGUUGACCCCUGUGAGAGGCGAGUACAGCGCUGUUUUGAACAUCAACGGUGCCGCCAUUGUGGGCUCCAAAAUCAACCCCCCUUCUGCCAUCUUGAAGAACUUGAGGGUGCUCCCCAUGGACACCAUCUUGGCCAACAAGGGUACGGGUGUGGUGACCUGUGUGCCUUCCGACUCGCCCGACGAUUUCAUCACCUCCAAGGACUUGGCCAACAAGCCCGAGUACUACAAGAUCGAGAAGGACUGGGUGCAGCCAGAGGUUGUGGCCAUCAUCCGCACCGAGAAGUUCGGCGACAAGUGUGCCGAGUUUUUGGUCAACGACUUGAAGAUCCAGUCGCCCAAGGACGCCGUUCAAUUGGCCAAGGCCAAGGAACUCGCGUACAAGGAGGGCUUCUACAACGGUACCAUGCUCAUCGGCAAGUACAAGGGCGAAAAGGUCGAGGCGGCCAAGCCCAAGGUGAAGGCAGACAUGGUGGCUGCCGGUGAGGCGUUCGUGUACAACGAGCCCGAGGGCCCGGUCAUGUCCAGAUCUGGAGAUGAGUGUAUAGUUUCCUUGGAGGACCAGUGGUACAUUGACUACGGCGAGGAGACCUGGAAGAACCAGGCCUUGGAGUGCCUUGCCAGUAUGGAGACAUUCACCAAGGAAACCAGAAACGGCUUUGAGUCUGUGUUGGACUGGUUGAAGAACUGGGCUCUCACCAGAACCUACGGUUUGGGUACCAAGUGUCCAUGGGACGAGUCCCAGUUGAUCGAGUCUUUGUCCGACUCCACCGUGUACAUGGCGUACUACACCAUUGCACGUUUCUUGCACUCUGAUUACUACGGCAAGAUCAAGGGCAAGUUCGACAUCAAGCCCGAGCAAUUGACCGACGAGGUCUUCGACUACAUUUUUGCCAGGCGCGACGACAUCCUGACCGAUAUUCCCAUGGAGCAGUUGAAGGAGAUCAGAAGAGAGUUCGAGUACUUCUACCCAUUGGACGUGAGAGUUUCUGGUAAGGACUUGAUUCCAAACCACUUGACUUUCUUCAUCUACACGCACGUUGCUUUGUUCCCCAAGAGAUUCUGGCCUAAGGGUAUCAGAGCCAACGGCCACUUGAUGUUGAACAACGCCAAGAUGUCCAAGUCGACCGGUAACUUCUUGACUUUGCAGCAGAUCGUCGAGAAGUUUGGAGCAGACGCUUCCAGAAUCGCUUUGGCCGAUGCCGGUGACUCUGUGGAGGACGCCAACUUUGAUGAGUCCAACGCCAACGCCGCCAUCUUACGGUUGACCACUCUCAAGGAGUGGUGCGAGGAGAUCAAGGCCUCUCAAGACACCUUGAGAACCGGUGACCUCGAGUCUUUCUUUGACUUUGCGUUUGACAAUGAAAUGAACAACUUGGUGGAGCAGGCCUAUGAGCAGUACUCGCUCACAAACUACAAGAGUGCACUCAAGUACGGCUUGUUUGACUUCCAGACCUCCAGAGACUACUACAGAGACUCUGUUGGAACCAUGCACAAGGACUUGGUGUUCAAGUACAUUGAGUUGCAGGCCUUGUUGUUGGCGCCCGUCGCUCCUCACUUUGCCGAAUACUUGUACAAGGAGGUGUUGGAGAAGGACGGUUCGGUGCAAACCGCGCAGUUCCCCAGAGCUUCCAAGCCAGUCUCCCAGGGCUUGUUGGACUCUUUGGAAUACGUCAAGGAGUUGUCUAGGGCCGUGCGUGACGCGGAGAGUGUGGUGUUGAAGUCCAAGAAGGGCAAGGCCGAGGUUGACGCCACCAAGCCGGCCGUGUUGACUUUGCUUGUGUCCACGUCGUUCCCCGAGUGGCAAGACCAGUACAUCGAUCUUGUCAGAGAGUUGUUCGAGAACCAGACCUUGAACGACAACAAGGUGAUCAAGGAGAAUGUCGGCAAGGACAUGAAGAGAGCCAUGCCCUUCAUCAACUUCUUGAAGCAGAGAUUGGCCAAGGAGGACCCCAAGACCGUCUUCAACAGAAAAUUGACUUUCGACGAGGGCGAGCUCUUGCAAAAAGUGGUUGACAUCAUCCAGAACUCCACCACCACCAUCAAGAUCGCCAAGCUCCGGGUGGUUUCUUUCCCCCAUGGAAGCAAACACGGCUUGGACCUCACCACCGGCGAAGAGGUGGAGAUCACCGCCACGGGCAAGGUUGUCGACGCGUCCGUGCCGGGCCAACCGGGCAUUUUGAUCAAGAACGUCGAGUAAGCUUGAUUGUAUGGACGACAGCCCCAACCCGGCAGCUAUUGUUAGGUAAUACCAGACUACGUAAAUGAUGUAUUGAAUGUAGGACGUCCGGGGGCCGUCCCUGCUACGAUGACCGGCGGCCGCCUGUUGUUUUGAACUGCCAA